AGAAGGACGUUUGCUUCCCCUUCUGCCGUGAUUGUAAGUUUCCUGAGACCUCCCCAGCCAUGCUGAACUGUGGGAACUAGCAGUUACGCAAGCAGCCUCCACCCUUCAGAGGAAUGAAUUCCUCUCCAUUCCGGCCAACUCCACAGAAUACUCUGGAAAGAGGAUGAGAGGCUGGUGUUCUGAUGUUACUAAGCCCUCGUUUUCUGGCUCAGUAAUGCCCACUGACUUUUAGAGCUGGAAGGGCCCUGUACAUGAUGUAUUCUCCAAACUCAUCCUAGAGCAAGCAAGAAGCCUUGUGUCAUGCCCUCCCAUGUUGAAUCUGAGCUGGUCCUCUGACUCCCAUGAAGCAAUAGAAUAUGGCAAAAGGGAUGCUGUGCCAGUUAUGGAUCCAAGAUGGAUCCAAGCCCUAAGAAGACCUGGUAACUUUCACUUUUGGGAGCCUUAAUCUGCCUCAUAUGAAGUGUGGCUGAACUUACCAAGUUGGAAGAGAGAAGCCCUGAGAGUACAUGGAGAGAGAAGUGCUCAGCCAUCUUAGUGUUCUCGCCAUCCCUGUCAAGGUUCAUAUUUGGUGCUUAGACAAAUUCAAAAUGAGGAAACAUCGGCACUUGCCCUUAGUGGCCGUCUUUUGCCUCUUUCUCUCAGGCUUUCCCACAACUCAUGCCCAGCAGCAGCAAGCAGAUGUCAAAAAUGGUGCGGCUGCUGAUAUAAUAUUUCUAGUGGAUUCCUCUUGGACCAUUGGAGAGGAACAUUUCCAACUUGUUCGAGAGUUUCUAUAUGAUGUUGUAAAAUCCUUAGCUGUGGGAGAAAAUGAUUUCCAUUUUGCUCUGGUCCAGUUCAACGGAAACCCACAUACCGAGUUCCUGUUAAAUACGUAUCGUACUAGACAAGAAGUCCUUUCUCAUAUUUCCAACAUGUCUUAUAUUGGGGGAACCAAUCAGACUGGAAAAGGAUUAGAAUACAUAAUGCAAAGCCACCUCACCAAGGCUGCUGGAAGCCGGGCCGGUGACGGAGUCCCUCAGGUUAUCGUAGUGUUAACUGAUGGACACUCGAAGGAUGGCCUUGCUCUGCCCUCAGCGGAACUUAAGUCUGCUGAUGUUAACGUGUUUUCAAUUGGAGUUGAGGACGCAGAUGAAGGAGCGUUAAAAGAAAUAGCAAGUGAACCGCUCAAUAUGCAUGUGUUCAACCUAGAGAAUUUUACCUCACUUCAUGACAUAGUAGGAAACUUAGUGUCCUGUGUGCAUUCAUCCGUGAGUCCAGAAAGGGCUGGGGACACGGAAACCCCUAAAGACAUCACAGCACAAGACUCUGCUGACAUUAUUUUCCUUAUUGAUGGAUCAAACAACACCGGAAGUGUCAAUUUCGCAAUCAUUCUCGACUUCCUUAUAAAUCUCCUUGAGAAACUCCCAAUUGGAACUCAGCAGAUCCGAGUGGGGGUGGUCCAGUUUAGCGAUGAGCCCAGAACCAUGUUCUCCUUGGACACCUACUCCACCAAGGCCCAGGUUCUGGGUGCAGUGAAAGCCCUCGGGUUUGCUGGUGGGGAGUUGGCCAAUAUUGGCCUCGCCCUUGAUUUCGUGGUGGAGAACCACUUCACCCGGGCAGGGGGCAGCCGCGUGGAGGAAGGGGUUCCCCAGGUGCUGGUCCUCAUAAGUGCCGGGCCUUCUAGUGACGAGAUUCGCUACGGGGUGGUAGCACUGAAGCAGGCUAGCGUGUUCUCAUUCGGCCUCGGAGCCCAGGCCGCCUCCAGGGCAGAGCUUCAGCACAUAGCUACCGAUGACAACUUGGUGUUUACUGUCCCGGAAUUCCGUAGCUUUGGGGACCUCCAGGAGAAAUUACUGCCGUACAUUGUUGGCGUGGCCCAAAGGCACAUUGUCUUGAAACCGCCAACCAUUGUCACACAAGUCAUUGAAGUCAACAAGAGAGACAUAGUCUUCCUGGUGGAUGGCUCAUCCGCGCUGGGACUGGCCAACUUCAAUGCCAUCCGAGACUUCAUUGCUAAAGUCAUCCAGAGGCUGGAAAUCGGACAGGAUCUUAUCCAGGUGGCAGUGGCCCAGUAUGCAGACACUGUGAGGCCCGAAUUUUUUUUCAAUACCCAUCCAACAAAAAGGGAAGUCAUAACCGCUGUGCGGAAAAUGAAGCCCCUGGACGGUUCGGCCCUGUACACGGGCUCCGCUCUAGACUUUGUUCGUAACAACCUGUUCACGAGUUCAGCCGGCUACCGGGCUGCCGAGGGGAUUCCUAAGCUUUUGGUGCUGAUCACAGGUGGUAAGUCCCUAGAUGAAAUCAGCCAGCCUGCCCAGGAGCUGAAGAGAAGCAGCAUAAUGGCCUUUGCCAUCGGGAACAAGGGUGCCGAUCAGGCUGAGCUGGAAGAGAUCGCUUUCGACUCCUCCCUGGUGUUCAUCCCGGCCGAGUUCCGAGCCGCCCCAUUGCAAGGCAUGCUGCCUGGCUUGCUGGCACCUCUCAGGACCCUCUCUGGAACCCCUGAAGUUCACGCAAACAAAAGGGAUAUCAUCUUUCUUUUGGAUGGAUCAGCCAACGUUGGAAAAACCAAUUUCCCUUAUGUGCGCGACUUUGUAAUGAACCUAGUUAACAGCCUUGAUGUUGGAAAUGACAAUAUUCGUGUUGGUUUAGUACAAUUUAGUGACACUCCUGUAACGGAGUUCUCUUUAAACACAUACCAGACCAAGUCAGAUAUCCUUGGUCACCUGAGGCAGCUGCAGCUCCAGGGAGGUUCGGGCCUGAACACAGGCUCAGCCCUAAGCUAUGUCCAUGCCAACCACUUCACGGAAGCUGGCGGCAGCAGGAUCCGUGAACACGUGCCACAGCUCCUGCUUCUACUCACAGCUGGGCAGUCUGAGGACUCCUAUUUGCAAGCUGCCAACGCCUUGACACGCGCAGGCAUCCUGACUUUUUGUGUGGGAGCUAGCCAGGCAAAUAAGGCAGAGCUUGAGCAGAUUGCUUUUAACCCAAGCCUGGUGUAUCUCAUGGAUGAUUUCAGCUCCCUGCCAGCUUUGCCUCAGCAGCUGAUUCAGCCCCUAACCACAUAUGUUAGUGGAGGUGUGGAGGAAGUACCACUCGCCCAGCCAGAGAGCAAGCGAGAUAUUCUGUUCCUCUUUGAUGGCUCAGCCAAUCUUGUGGGCCAGUUCCCUGUUGUCCGUGACUUUCUCUACAAGAUUAUCGAUGAGCUCGAUGUGAAGCCAGAUGGGACCCGAAUUGCAGUGGCUCAGUACAGCGAUGAUGUCAAGGUGGAGUCCCGUUUCGAUGAGCACCAGAGUAAGCCUGAGAUCCUGAAUCUUGUGAAGAGAAUGAAGAUCAAGACGGGCAAAGCCCUCAACCUGGGCUACGCCCUGGACUAUGCACAGAGGUACAUUUUUGUGAAGUCUGCUGGCAGCCGGAUCGAGGAUGGAGUGCUUCAGUUCCUGGUGCUGCUGGUCGCGGGAAGGUCAUCUGACCGUGUGGAUGGGCCAGCAAGUAACCUGAAGCAGAGUGGGGUCGUGCCUUUCAUCUUCCAAGCCAAGAACGCGGACCCUGCUGAGUUAGAGCAGAUCGUGCUGUCUCCUGCGUUUAUCCUGGCUGCCGAGUCGCUUCCCAAGAUUGGAGAUCUUCAACCACAGAUCGUGAAUCUCUUAAAAUCAGUGCACAACGGAGCGCCAGCACCAGUUUCAGGCGAAAAGGACGUGGUGUUUCUGCUUGAUGGCUCCGAGGGUGUCAGGAGCGGCUUCCCUCUGUUGAAAGAGUUUGUCCAGAGAGUGGUGGAAAGCCUGGAUGUGGGCCAGGACCGGGUCCGCGUGGCCGUGGUGCAGUAUAGCGACCGGACCAGGCCCGAGUUCUACCUGAAUUCAUACAUGAACCAGCAGGAUGUCGUCAACGCUGUCCGCCAGCUGACCCUGCUGGGAGGGCCAACCCCCAACACCGGGGCCGCCCUGGAGUUUGUCCUAAGGAACAUGCUGGUCAGCUCUGCGGGAAGCAGGAUAACAGAAGGCGUGCCCCAGCUGCUGAUCGUCCUCACGGCCGACAGGUCUGGGGAUGAUGUGCGGAACCCCUCCGUGGUCGUGAAGAGGGGCGGGGCUGUGCCCAUUGGCAUUGGCAUAGGGAACGCUGACAUCACCGAGAUGCAGACCAUCUCCUUCAUCCCAGACUUUGCCGUGGCCAUUCCCACCUUUCGCCAGCUGGGGACUGUCCAACAGGUCAUCUCUGAGAGGGUGACCCAGCUCACCCGUGAGGAGCUGAGCAGGCUGCAGCCGGUGUUGCAGCCUCUACCGAGCCCAGGUGUUGGCGGCAAGAGGGACGUGGUCUUUCUCAUCGAUGGGUCCCAAAGUGCCGGGCCUGAGUUCCAGUACAUCCGCACCCUCAUAGAGAGGCUGGUUGACUACCUGGACGUGGGCUUUGACACCACCCGGGUGGCCGUCAUCCAGUUCAGCAAUGAUCCCAAGGUGGAGUUCCUGCUGAACGCCCAUUCCAGCAAGGAUGAAGUGCAGAACGCGGUGCAGCGGCUGAGGCCCAAGGGAGGGCGGCAGAUCAACGUGGGCAGUGCCCUGGAGUACGUGUCCAGGAACAUCUUCAAGAGGCCCCUGGGGAGCCGCAUUGAAGAGGGUGUCCCGCAGUUCCUGGUCCUCAUCUCAUCCGGAAAGUCUGACGAUGAGGUGGACGACCCGGCGGUGGAGCUCAAGCAGUUUGGUGUGGCCCCUUUCACGAUCGCCAGGAACGCAGACCAGGAGGAGCUGGUGAAGAUCUCGCUGAGCCCCGAAUAUGUGUUCUCGGUGAGCACCUUCCGGGAGCUGCCCAGCCUGGAGCAGAAACUGCUGACGCCCAUCACGACCCUGACCUCAGAGCAGAUCCAGAAGCUCUUGGCCAGCACUCGCUAUCCACCUCCAGCAGUUGAGAGUGAUGCUGCAGACAUCGUCUUUCUGAUCGACAGCUCUGAGGGAGUUAGGCCAGAUGGCUUUGCACAUAUUCGAGAUUUUGUUAGCAAGAUUGUUCGAAGACUCAACAUUGGCCCCAGUAAAGUGAGAGUUGGGGUCGUGCAGUUCAGCAAUGAUGUCUUCCCAGAAUUCUACCUGAAGACCUACAGAUCCCAGGCCCCAGUGCUGGACGCCAUACGGCGCCUGAGGCUCAGAGGGGGGUCCCCACUGAACACUGGCAAGGCUCUCGAAUUUGUGGCAAGAAACCUCUUUGUUAAGUCUGCAGGGAGUCGCAUAGAAGACGGGGUGCCCCAACACCUGGUCCUGGUCCUGGGUGGAAAAUCCCAGGACGACGUGUCCAGGUUUGCCCAGGUGAUCCGUUCCUCGGGGAUUGUGAGUUUAGGGGUAGGAGACCGGAACAUCGACAGAACAGAGCUGCAGACCAUCACCAAUGACCCCAGACUGGUCUUCACAGUGCGAGAGUUCAGAGAGCUUCCCAACAUAGAAGAAAGAAUCAUGAACUCGUUUGGACCCUCCGCGGCCACUCCUGCACCUCCAGGGGUGGACACCCCUUCUCCUUCACGGCCAGAGAAGAAGAAAGCAGACAUUGUGUUCCUGUUGGAUGGUUCCAUCAACUUCAGGAGGGACAGUUUCCAGGAAGUGCUUCGUUUUGUGUCUGAAAUCGUGGACACGGUUUAUGAAGAUGGCGACUCCAUCCAAGUGGGGCUCGUCCAGUACAACUCUGACCCCACUGAUGAAUUCUUCCUGAAGGACUUCUCCACCAAGAGGCAGAUUAUUGACGCCAUCAACAAAGUGGUCUACAAAGGGGGAAGGCACGCCAACACGAAGGUGGGCCUUGAGCACCUGCGGGUGAACCACUUCGUGCCGGAGGCAGGCAGCCGCCUGGACCAGCGGGUCCCUCAGAUUGCCUUUGUGAUCACGGGAGGGAAGUCGGUGGAAGAUGCACAGGACGUGAGCCUGGCCCUCACCCAGAGGGGGGUCAAAGUGUUUGCUGUUGGAGUGAGGAAUAUCGACUCGGAGGAGGUCGGAAAGAUAGCGUCCAACAGCGCCACGGCGUUCCGCGUGGGCAACGUCCAGGAGCUGUCUGAACUGAGCGAGCAAGUUUUGGAAACUUUGCAUGAUGCGAUGCACGAAACCCUGUGCCCUGGUGUAACUGAUGCUGCCAAAGCUUGUAAUCUGGAUGUGAUUCUGGGGUUUGAUGGUUCUAGAGACCAGAAUGUUUUUGUGGCCCAGAAGGGCUUCGAGUCCAAGGUGGACGCCAUCUUGAACAGAAUCAGCCAGAUGCACAGGGUCAGCUGUAGCGGCGGCCGCUCGCCCACCGUGCGUGUGUCAGUGGUGGCCAACACGCCCUCGGGCCCGGUGGAGGCCUUUGACUUUGACGAGUACCAGCCAGAGAUGCUCGAGAAGUUCCGGAGCAUGCGCAGCCAGCACCCCUAUGUCCUCACGGCAGACACCCUGAAGGUCUACCAGAACAAGUUCAGACAGUCCUCGCCGGACAGCGUGAAGGUGAUCAUUCAUUUUACUGAUGGAGCAGAUGGAGAUCUGGCUGAUUUACACAGAGCAUCUGAGGACCUCCGCCAAGAAGGUGUCCGUGCCUUGAUCCUGGUGGGCCUCGAACGAGUGGCCAACUUGGAGCGGCUAAUGCAUCUGGAGUUUGGGCGAGGGUUCAUGUAUGACAGGCCUCUGAGGCUUAACUUGCUGGACUUGGAUUAUGAACUAGCGGAGCAGCUUGACAACAUUGCUGAGAAAGCUUGCUGUGGGGUUCCCUGCAAGUGCUCUGGGCAGAGGGGAGACCGCGGGCCCAUCGGCAGCAUCGGGCCAAAGGGUAUUCCUGGAGAAGAUGGCUACCGAGGCUAUCCUGGUGAUGAGGGUGGACCCGGUGAGCGAGGUCCGCCUGGUGUGAACGGCACUCAAGGUUUCCAGGGCUGCCCGGGCCAGAGAGGAGUAAAGGGCUCUCGGGGAUUCCCAGGAGAGAAGGGCGAAGUAGGAGAAAUUGGACUGGAUGGUCUGGAUGGUGAAGAUGGAGACAAAGGAUUGCCUGGUUCUUCUGGAGAGAAAGGGAAUCCUGGAAGAAGGGGCGAUAAAGGACCUCGAGGGGAGAAAGGAGAAAGAGGAGACGUUGGGAUUCGAGGGGACCCGGGUAACCCAGGACAAGACAGCCAGGCGAGAGGACCCAAAGGAGAAACCGGUGACCUCGGCCCCAUGGGUGUCCCAGGGAGAGAUGGAGUACCUGGAGGACCUGGAGAAGCUGGGAAGAAUGGUGGCUUUGGCCGAAGGGGACCCCCCGGAGCUAAGGGCAACAAGGGCGGUCCUGGCCAGCUGGGCUUUGAGGGAGAGCAGGGGACAAGAGGUGCACAGGGCCCAGCUGGUCCUGCUGGUCCUCCAGGGCUGAUAGGAGAACAAGGCAUUUCUGGACCUCGGGGAAGCGGAGGUGCCGCCGGUGCUCCUGGAGAACGAGGCAGAACUGGUCCUCUGGGAAGAAAGGGUGAGCCCGGAGAGCCAGGACCAAAAGGAGGAAUCGGGAACCGGGGCCCUCGUGGGGAGACGGGAGAUGAUGGGAGAGACGGAGUUGGCAGUGAAGGACGCAGAGGCAAAAAAGGAGAAAGAGGAUUCCCUGGAUACCCAGGACCAAAGGGUAACCCAGGUGAGCCUGGGCUAAAUGGAACAGCAGGACCCAAAGGCAUCAGAGGCCGAAGGGGAAAUUCGGGACCUCCAGGGAUAGUUGGACAGAAGGGAGACCCUGGCUACCCAGGACCAGCUGGUCCCAAGGGCAACAGAGGCGACUCCAUCGAUCAAUGUGCCCUCAUCCAAAGCAUCAAAGAUAAAUGCCCUUGCUGUUAUGGGCCCCUGGAGUGCCCCGUCUUCCCAACAGAACUAGCCUUUGCUUUAGACACCUCUGAGGGGGUCAACCAAGACACUUUCGGCCGGAUGCGAGAUGUGGUCUUGAGUAUUGUGAAUGACCUGACCAUUGCUGAGAGCAACUGCCCACGGGGGGCCCGGGUGGCCGUGGUCACCUACAACAACGAGGUGACCACGGAGAUCCGGUUUGCUGACUCCAAGAGGAAGUCGGUCCUCCUGGACAAGAUUAAGAACCUUCAGGUGGCUCUGACAUCCAAACAGCCGAGUCUGGAGACCGCCAUGUCAUUUGUGGCCAGGAACACAUUUAAGCGUGUGAGGAACGGAUUCCUAAUGAGGAAAGUGGCUGUUUUCUUCAGCAACACGCCCACAAGAGCAUCCCCACAGCUCAGAGAGGCUGUGCUCAAGCUCUCAGAUGCGGGGAUCACCCCCUUGUUCCUUACAAGCCAGGAAGACCGGCAGCUCAUCAACUCUUUGCAGAUCAAUAACACAGCAGUGGGGCAUGCGCUUGUCCUGCCUGCAGGGAGAGACCUCACAGACUUCCUGGAGAAUGUCCUCACGUGUCAUGUUUGCUUGGACAUCUGCAACAUCGACCCAUCCUGUGGAUUUGGCAGUUGGAGGCCUUCCUUCAGGGACAGGAGAGCGGCAGGGAGCGAUGUGGACAUCGACAUGGCUUUCAUCUUAGACAGCGCUGAGACCACCACCCUAUUCCAGUUCAAUGAGAUGAAGAAGUACAUAGCGUACCUGGUCAGACAACUGGACAUGAGCCCAGACCCCAAGGCCUCCCAGCACUUCGCCAGAGUGGCCGUUGUGCAGCACGCGCCCUCUGAGUCUGUGGGCAGUGCCAGCAUGCCACCUGUGAAGGUGGAAUUCUCCCUGACUGACUAUGGCUCCAAGGAGAAGCUGGUGGACUUCCUCAGCAGGGGAAUGACACAGUUGCAGGGAACCAGGGCCUUGGGCAGUGCCAUUGAAUACACCAUAGAGAAUGUCUUUGAAAGUGCUCCAAACCCACGGGACCUGAAAAUUGUGGUCCUGAUGCUGACGGGCGAGGUGCAGGAGCAGCAGCUGGAGGAGGCCCAGAGAGUCAUCCUGCAGGCCAAAUGCAAGGGCUACUUCUUCGUGGUCCUGGGCAUUGGCAGGAAGGUGAACAUCAAGGAGGUAUACACCUUCGCCAGUGAGCCAAACGACGUCUUCUUCAAAUUAGUGGACAAGUCCACCGAGCUCAAUGAGGAGCCUUUGAUGCGCUUCGGGAGGCUGUUGCCGUCCUUCGUCAGCAGUGAAAAUGCUUUUUACUUGUCCCCAGAUAUCAAGAAACAGUGUGAUUGGUUUCAAGGGGACCAACCCACAAAAAACCUUGUGAAGUUUGGUCACAAGCAAGUAAAUGUUCCAAAUAACGUUACUUCAAGUCCUACAUCCAACCCAGUGACGACAACGAAGCCAUUGACUACGACGAAGCCGGUGACAACCACCACAACAAAGCCUGUAACUAUUGUAAAUCAGCCAUCUGCGAAGCCAGCUGCUGCAAAGCCGGCCCCUGUGAAACCAGCCCCUGCAAAACCGGUGGCUGCCAAGCCUGUGGCCACAAAGACGGCCACUGCUAGACCCCCAGUGGUGGUGAAGCCAGCAACGGCAGCGAAGCCUGUAGCAGCAAAGCCAGCAGCCGUAAGACCCCCCGCUGCUGCUGCUGCUGCUGCAAAACCAGUGGCGACCAAGCCUGAGGCCCCGAGGCCACAGGCAGCGAAACCAGCUGCCACCAAGCCAGACACCACAAAGCCCGUGGUUAAGGUGUCCCGCGAAGUCCAGGUGUUUGAGAUAACAGAGAACAGCGCCAAACUCCACUGGGAGAGGCCUGAGCCCCCCGGUCCUUAUUUUUAUGACCUCACCAUCACCUCAGCCCAUGAUCAGUCCCUGGUUCUGAAGCAGAACCUUACAGUCACGGACCGCGUCAUCGGAGGCCUGCUCGCUGGGCAGACAUACCACGUGGCCGUGGUCUGCUACCUGAGGUCUCAAGUCAGAGCCACAUACCAUGGAAGUUUCAGUACAAAGAAAUCUCAGCCCCCACCCCCACAGCCAGCAAGGUCAGCUUCUAGUUCAACCAUCAAUCUAAUGGUGAGCACAGAACCGUUGGCUCUCACUGAAACAGAUAUAUGCAAGUUGCCGAAAGACGAAGGAACUUGCAGGGAUUUCAUAUUAAAAUGGUACUAUGAUCCAAACACCCAAAGCUGUGCAAGAUUCUGGUAUGGAGGUUGUGGUGGAAACGAAAACAAAUUUGGAUCACAGAAAGAAUGUGAAAAGGUUUGCGCUCCUGUGCUCGCCAAACCCGGAGUCAUCAGUGUGAUGGGAACCUAAGCGUGGCUGGCCAACAUCAUAUACCUCUUGAAGAAGAAGGAGUCAGCCAUCGCCAACUUGUCUCUGUAGAAGCUCCGGGUGUAGAUUCCCUUGCACUGUAUCAUUUCAUGCUUUGAUUUACACUCAAACUCGGGAGGGAACAUCCUGCUGCAUGACCUAUCAGUAUGGUGCUAAUGUGUCUGUGGACCCUCGCUCUCCGUCUCCAGGCAGUUCUCUCGAAUACUUUGAAUGUUGUGUAACAGUUAGCCACUGCUGCUGUUUAUGUGAACAUUCCCAUCAAUCCAAAUUCCCUCUGGAGUUUCAUGUUAUGCCUGUUGCAGGCAAAUGUAAAGUCUAGAAAAUAAUGCAAAUGUCACAGCUGCUCUAUAUACUUCUGCUUGGUUCAUUUUUUUUUCCCUUUUAGUUAAGCAUGACUUUAGAUGGGAAGCCUGUGUAUCAUGGAGAAACAAGAGACCAACUUUUUCAUUCCCUGCCCCCAAUUUCCUGGAUUAGAUUUCAAGCUAAUUUUCUUUUUCUAAAGCCUCUAACAAAUGAUCUAGUUCAGAAGGAAGCAAAAUCCCUUAAUCUAUGUGCACCGUUGGGACCAAUGCCUUAAUUAAAGAAUUAAAAAAAGUUGUAAUAGAGAAUAUUUUUGGCAUUCCUCUAAUGUUGUGUGUGGUUUUUUUUUUUUGUGCAGGGGGGAGGGGAUUUAAUUUUAAUUUUAAAAUUUUUAGGAAAUUUAUACAAAGAAACUUUUUAAUAAAGUAUAUUGAAAGUCU